AUGGCAAUCACUCGGUCAUCUUCAUCCCCUUCUCCAGUUCUCAAAAAGAAAUCAAAAAUGGGCAAGAAAUCUUUGGCCAACAAAUCCAAGGGUAAACGCCCAAUCAUUGAUGAUUUUGAUUCUGAUUUUGAAGCUCCCAUGCCGAAGCGUGUGAAACCCACUUCUUCGAAGAAAUCGAAGCUGAACUUGGAGGAGUCCUCGCUUCCAGAAAUUUCUGGGAAAAAAUUUCAGAAACCUGUUACACAUUCUGCAGAUCGGACUGAGGUUAUGUGUUUUGUUUUCGUUUUUGGUGUUUUCAAUCAUUCUUCGUUAGUUUCUUUUCAGUUUUUAAAUAGUUUGUUACUGUGUUUUCUUCUUAGCAAUACUCCUGACAAAGAAGUGUCUAGGUUUGUUCUAGAUAUAGUUGAUAGCGGUCGGUGGGAUGAGUAUUGUUGGGGUAGGGAAUCAUUUGAAUUGACAAUUGACUCAUUCAAAGAGAGUUUCAUCUUCUAUUCCCGUGAUUCGAACCGGAGCAACACCAUCGUCACCAAAAAUCCAACCCUUCGAGACUUGAAGGGCAAGAUUUUUGAUUUACCUUUGGAGAAGUUGAAGAUAAAAAACAUGCGUCCUACUGAUGAAGAGAGGCAGCAGCUUCAACUUGACGGUCUAUUUCUCGAUGAAUCUAUUGAUGAACGUGGUGUAGUGAAGCAAUCCUUCGAGGGUGGCUCAUCUUCAAAGAAGUCUGAUUCAGCAGAUAUUGAUUGGAUGAAAUCUAAGCUGGAGAUGCUCAGUUCGAAUCAAUCAUCAUUGGCCGAGGACUUCAUUUCGUUGAGGUGUUUUGUUGAUUUUAAUUUCAAAUCCGUAAUGACUGUAAUUAAGGAUAUCCAAGAGAAGGUUAAUGCCAUUCAUCGUCGUCCUUCUGACGAGGGAAAGUCAUCGGAUGAAUUAGUAACUCAAGAUUCUGAUGAUGAUCCUGAUGAUGAUGAUGAUGAUGAUGAUGCCGAGGAUGAUGACAAGCAAUUGCCUGAUCCAGAAAAUAUUGAUUCCGACUCCGACGAUGGUGGUGAGUUGGUUAAAGUUGGUGGGGAUGCUGAUGAUGCUGACAAGGCUGUUACUGCUGUCCCUUCUGCUGAUGUGAAUCCUUCUGAGGAUGUUGGAGGGAGUGAUAAAAAUGUUAAGGAUGUUGAGAAGCCGAAGGGCGAUGAGUCUCGAUUGAAGGGGGACGAUUUCUUUGAUGGGUUGAGCCAGCUUGUAAUAGAUGAUGAUCAAGUUGUGUUGGCUGGCUUGGAGGCUGUUGCUAAAAUCAAUGUCCCCGCACCCAAUCCAGAUGUUGUUGGUGAAAAGUCAGAUGCCAUUCAUACUGAUGAAGAAACUGAGGAUACUGUCUCUGAUACACCUCUGUUGGAUAAGAGGAAGCGUGCUCCGGCCUUGAAAUCUCCAUUUGUUGAUUUCGGUUCUCAGUCUGCUGGGGAUGAUAGGGAUUUCAAAAUGGUGACUUAUGUGAAGGGCCUUUAUGCUCUUAAUGAUGCUUUUGCUGAUCCCGUAUCUACCGAGAUUGAGGCAAAAUUUGACUCUUGGAUUGGUGAAGGAUUGCUUAAACAUCCUGUGCAUUAUAAUUGUUAUGAAGACGGCGCAAAGAAAUUUACCCCGGGUUUUAGGCUAGGUGUUGAUUAUGUUGAGGAUAAAACUUGGUUUUACCAUUUGGCCACAUGCGACAUGUUUAUGAACGACUCGUUUUGA